GCGCGCGCUCUCUGAUUUUUUUUAGCCGCUGAAGCGACCUCGGUGUGAACUCUGGAGCUGCAUGAAAACACGCGCACGGAUGCCUCAGUCACCAGCCGCGCUGUCCCGCUGAUCACAUUUGAACUCCAUUUCUGUCAUAAACAAAGAUGCGUAAAUUCAACACUUACACACUUUCCCUGCUAAGCCACUGCCUCCAUCUGAGCUACGCGCCCCAUCCUUCCUGCCGCAGCAUUUCAAAGCGUCUCCGCGUUUUCUGAGCCUAUAAGUGGGGGACUUUCGCCUGUGUCACACUCUAAGAUUAAUGAUGUGAGCGCUGGAAACCGAUUCUUUCAUUCCACUGAGAAGACAUAUUGUAAACGGUGCCGGUCAGCUCCUCUCGCCUGAUGUUACCCGCCAUUACAUCAGCCCAGAGGAGUGGAGCGAAUGUCCAUUGUUUGCGCCUGUCAGGGGCUGGGAUGCGCGGACCUGCCGCCCACACGGCGCACAUGGCGACCGGCCGCCUUCUCCUCACAAACGACCCCCCGUUACGCACAGACAAUGGCACGGUGAUUCUCUCUGCCUCCAUGUUUGGUGGAAAAAUAAUAAUCCUGCUUCCCACAGACAUCUCAGCCGCUGGGCCCGGGGCACCGAUUGGCUGUUCUGGGUCACGUGACGAGGAAUUGGCUGCAAUUUCGCCCCAUAGUUCUUCAGUUUAGCUGCCCAGGUCUCCUGUAAUAUAACCAAUAUACACAAUUAUGAAAAAGGCUACGCAUUGACGCCGGCGCGGCCAGGAGCGUACAUGCUGGUGCGUGUUUUUAUUUGUUUUGUCAUUUUCCUGAUAAGCCAUAUUAUGCUCCGUGGGUGUGCACGCGCAUGAGCGUGCAUGCCCGUGUGUGUGUGUCCCUUUUUUCCUUUUUGUUUUGGGGAAGGGAUUAUUCGGGGUUUCGCCGUUUGAGGCUGAAACCGGUCUGAGGAAGCUAUGAAUUUUGAAUUUGAGAGAGAGAUCGGGUUUAUAAACAGCCAGCCUUCCCUAGCAGAGUGCCUGACGUCCUUCCCCGCCGUCCUGGAGUCAUUUCAAACUUCAUCAAUCAAGGAGUCGACAGUAAUUCCGCCUCCCUUCGAGCACACCAUCCCCAGCCUGAGCCCGUGCACAGCCAUCCAGCCGACAGCAGCAGCAGCUGGGAAUCAGCAAAGCCGGAGAGCCUCUGCCACAAAUGGACACCCGACGCACCACCGAGUCGCGGAGCAACCCGGUCCGCCCGGUCAGGCCCCGGGCCCGGCUACGGCCGCCGCGGUCGCUCCGCUGGCCCACGAGUUUCCCUGGAUGAAGGAGAAGAAAUCCUCCAAGAAGUGCUCGAAGACUGCGGGCGGCCCCGGCGGAGGAGGGUCGGUCUCAGCCCCGGCCCCGUCCUACCCGUCUCCAACCGCCCCUGGGUACGCUUCAGCGGACAUCGAGUCGCCCACAGAUUCCAGCCAGGCGGCUCUGGACGCCAGCGCAGCCGGGUCCCGGCGUUUACGCACGGCCUACACCAACACGCAGCUGCUGGAGCUGGAGAAGGAGUUCCACUUCAACAAGUACCUAUGCCGGCCGAGGAGGGUGGAGAUCGCCGCUCUUUUGGACCUAACGGAGAGGCAGGUGAAGGUCUGGUUCCAGAACCGGAGGAUGAAACACAAGCGGCAGACCACACACCACCGGGACGGCGGCGGAGGAAGCCCGCCUUCCAGCGCCUUCGAGCCGCUUGAAGGCGCGGACGCGUCCUCCCCGUACUCCAGUCAACCGCUGGAAGCUUCCGGGACGGGGGAGGCCUCCUCGGACGGCGAAACCCCCCUUUCUUUCACCGAUGACAGCGGGGACAAUGCGCGUCCCACGCCGGAGGACGCAGGCCGCCCGAGCGCCUCUGAACACCCGCUGCUGCUCGGGACCGCGGGCCCGCGCGACUCCAGCGCGCAGCCUCCGUCUCCGCCCGCAUUCCCCCGGAAAAACAUCUCCAACACCGGCCUGAUGCCGCUGGGAGAGUUCUCCGAGCAGCGGGACUCCGCUGUCGCUUCAUCGCAGCCUCACGCCGCCUCCUCCACCUCCUCAUCGGCCCUGCCUGACCUGACCUUCUUCCCCGAGGACGCCUGCCUCUCGCCCAGCCUGCAGAGCUCGCUGGACAGCCCGGUGGAUUUCUCCGAGGAGGACUUUGACUUGUUCACAAGCACACUGUGCACCAUAGACCUGCAGCACCUCAACUUCUGAGGGAGCAGUUCAAUAAAAAUGAUUUUAAGAAAGGAAAGGAAGAGAAAAACAAUCCCAACAUUCCAUAAGAUUUUUUUAGAGCUGGUUUUCAUUUCAAGCUGUAUUGUAGUUUAACGGGGACAUUUAUUCUUUUUUUAUCCCCUCAUCAAAAGGAUAUUUUUGUUUUCCUCAUAGAAAAUGUGGACAAUUUCUCGUAAUUAUCCCCUUGAAUAUUUUUGGAUCGUUUUUUUGUUGCUAGCAGGCCGUUCCUCUUCAUCCUCCUCCUCUUCCUCCUCAGUGCGUGGAUUCGUUCCCUCUCAGCUUCGUGGAUCCUCAUAAUUUCUCAGGAACGGUGCAGAGUCUGGACUGACGAGUGGAAACCCUGCUGAAGACUCCAGGUUUAGACCUUAGUUUAUUUAUUGAGAUUCUUUAAUAGUGCAAAUCCAAAUUAUUUAUUGUACAUAUAUUUUCAUAGUGGAAUAAUAAUAAUAAAAAAGAAAAGAAAAAAAGAAAGAUUAUGUGCAUAAUUUUGUAUUAGAAAAAUGAGCCUCCAACAAGUUAAUGUUGUUUUAUAUUUUAUUUCGAAUUCCAAUAUUUUAGAUUGGUGGUUUUAAAAUUUUAAAUAUGAAUAGUUAUUAUUUUAUUUAACAUUUGGAUGACAAUAAUUCAUGUGGUGCAUAAUACAAUUGAUCAGAAAAUUUUACUCUUUUAUUUUUUUAAUUUAGGGCUAAUGUGCAUAAUUGGAUCCAAGUUUUAUUGAAAACAUUUUAUUUUUUGUGCAAAAUGUUCCCUAUGAAAUAUUUAUGAAUUUAAGGCAAGCUGAGUUUGCAGAGCCUGAGAGGAGCACACACAGCCAAUGCUAAUAACUCUUCUUAAUGACAUAAUUACACAUUGAUAAAAUAAAACGAAUCCCUCUGCUGAUGUUUAGCAGCAGGGUGUUGUAAUGCAGCUCCUGUUUGCCUCACCCAGAGAAGUGCAGACAGGAAAACAGGACUUCCCCUCUGCUAGCCUGUGAUGCUAACAUGCUAACUGCUCCCCUCCAGAGUCAAAAUGGCGCUGGAGACAAAGGAGGAUGUGAACAAUGAGCAGUGGCAGCCAUUACAGGAUGACUGGCCCACAGUGACAGGCGCUGUGUGCAUGUGCGUGUGCACGUGCGCGCGCUCCAGCCAUUGUGUCAAGCACUAAAAGAGACGACAAGCUAAGAAAAAGACCAUUUUUGGACCAGUAAUUUAAAAAUAACAAAAAAAAAA